AUGACCCUGAUACCUCCGCUUUUCAAAGUCCCUAAUACAAAACGAACAUCAAACAAUAGAGUAUUACCAAACUUGUCAAUCCCACCCACAACCAAUAAUAAAAAUGGCAACCCAAAUACAAAACCCGGUCUACUGGUGAAUCAGAACAUUAUUAACCAUGAUCUACAACAUGAGAAUUUGAACCCCUUGUCAUAUCAACCACAACAAAAUCAGCAUCAACAAUACCAAAACCCUGAAGGACUUAAAUUGUCGGUCUCUCCUUCAUCUGCAUCAUCAUCGAAAUCAACAAAAAGAAAGCCACCACCAAUAGAUACCAAAGUUAGUGAUCACUCUUCAGAUACAAUGGAUGCUGGUCAACAGGGCUCGACUGAUGAACCGGAAAAAGUGGACGAAAACGCAUACACAGUAAAGCAUCAUUUGGAACAACUCACACCAUAUGACUGGCAUUUGAUUGCUAACGCUGAUAAGAUAGUUGAGGUCAGUAGUUUAGGUGAAGGUAAUGGGGGAGCUGUAACCAAAUGCUAUAUUCCACAGUUGCCAAAUAAACAAAUAUUUGCUUUGAAAUUAGUUAUGUGUGAUCCUAAUCCUGAUUUACAAAAGCAGAUAUUCCGAGAAUUAGAAGUAGCCAAAAAAUGUCAACAUCCCAACAUUGUGAAAUAUUACGGUACUUUCCUAUUAGAGAAACAAUCAAUGAUGGGUAUUGCUAUGGAAUACAUGGAUGGUCAAUCAUUGGAUUCCAUAUAUAAAGAAGUUCUUAAACGUGAUAAAACCAAUCGAAUAAACGAAAAGGUUUUGGGCAAGAUAGCUAAUUCUAUCUUGUCUGGAUUGGACUAUUUGCAUCUGAAAAAUAUAAUCCAUCGAGACAUUAAACCUUCUAAUAUUCUAUUGGAUACCAAAGGGAAUGUCAAACUUUGUGAUUUUGGAGUCAGUGGAGAAGCAGUUAAUUCAUUCGCUUCUACCUUUGUUGGGACUCAAUAUUAUAUGGCACCAGAACGUAUCACUGGAGGGAAUUAUUCUAUCACCAGUGAUAUAUGGUCGUUGGGUAUGACUCUAUUGGAAGUAGCUAAUGGUUCUUUUCCUAUUAUUCUGUCGUUGGGUCCCAUUGAAGUUGUUGAAAUAAUACUGAGGAGUAAUUUGGAAUUGAAAGACUGUGAAGAAGACAAUAUAUUUUGGACUAGAGAGUUUAAACAAUUCAUUGCAAAAUGUUUGACAAAAGAUUACCGAAGACGACCAAGACCAAGUGAUUUUUUAGCUCAUGAUGAAUGGUGCUUGAUCCAACUGAAAGAAAAGGUGAAGAUGGACAAAUUUGUUAAAGUGGUGUGGGAGUUGAAUGAGUGA